AUGGUGAACUAUCUAAACAGGUGGUUUUACAACCUAGCCGAAACGAAUAAUUUGCCUGAUGAGUACAAGUUAAAGUUGUGGGAAGAAUGCAAAAGGGAGCUUCUGUAUGACUUGGAAUGCAUCCGAAGGACAUGUGAAAAUUUAUUUCGCAAUUUUGUUAAUAGAAAGACAGGAAAAUAUAUAUGGAGCAUACCAUUUGAGAAUCUGGUAGUUCGUUUGAACAAAUUAGCACAUGAAAGUGUUGUCCGAAACAAGGACAAAUGGGUUAACAUUUUGAGCGAAAGAGUAGAAAGCUAUAGAGCGAGGACAAACAGGAGGCAUAUUACUCAUCGCAGAUAA